GGAAAGACCUACACCCUGAUGGGGCCCCUCACCCAGAGCGAGAGCCGGCCAGCGGCCCCGGGGCUGCUGGGGCUGAUGCAGAGGUCCUUCGCCUGCCUUCUGGAGCAGAGCCGAAGCCGUGGCUCUGAUCUGGCUCUCAGUGCCUCCUACCUGGAGAUCUACAACGAGCAGGUCCGGGACCUGCUGAGCCCUGGGCCACCAUGUGCCCUGCCUCUGCGGUGGAGCAAAACCUGCGGCUUCUACGUGGAGAACCAGCUCAGCGUGGACUUUGACAGCCUGGAGGCCAUCGCUGACCUGCUCCUGCAAGGAUCCCAGAGACGACGGACCUCGGCACAUGCCCUCAACAGGCACUCGAGCCGCAGCCACGCUCUUCUGACCAUCCACAUCCGCAGCCGGGCUCCCAGCGCCUGCCCCAGCAAGCAGGGCACACUGUGCUUCGUGGACCUGGCUGGCAGCGAGCGGGUGAAGGAGACCGGUUCCACUGGGGAGCUCUCCGUGGAGGCCAACAACAUCAACCGCAGCCUCCUGGCACUGGGACACUGCAUCUCUCUGUUGGCCAAACCCCGAGGGAAGCGGAUGCACAUCCCUUACCGGGACAGCAAGCUCACUCGGCUGCUGGCCCGCUCCCUGGGCGGCUCAGGCAUCACCCUGAUGGUCGCCUGCAUCUCCCCAUCCUCACGCUGCCUCUCGGAGACGCUGAGCACACUGCACUACGCCAGCCGUGCCCGGAGGGUCACCACCAGGCCCCUGGCCAACAGGGUGUCCCGGGAGAAGCUGCUGCAAACCUUGGAGGAAGAAAUCCAUGCCCUGCAGCUGGAAAACCUCUCCCUGCGCCAGCAGCUGUGCCUGCCGAGGGUGCCGACAAGGAGCAUGGAGGUCCCUGGGACACCCACAAGGACGGGGGCACGGCCAGGCUGGGGAGGCAGGUACGGGCCCGCAGGGCUGCAUCGCUCCCCUCUCGAAGGGCAGGAGGGAGCCCCAGCCUGGCCCAGCCUCUACGGCCUCCUGCGGGACUUUGUGGUGGAGAACGAGCAGCUGAGGUAUGGGGGGGGCAUGCACAGGACCCAUAAGCAGGGGCUCAAGGGACCGGUGCGGCAGCCAGAGCCCCCGGCCGGGCAGCACCCUGUGUCAGCCAGCCUCUCCUAG